AACCUUCCUCUACCUGGUGUUUUGGUUGUCGCUUAUUUUUCCCUUGAGCUUUAGCCAAACCCUAAAUUCUCUUCACCUGCAGAUUUAUCCAUUUCGUACCUGAAAACGACACUUGGGUCUCUCUGCAAUUCAGAACUUCUCGACGACGCAUCACCACUGCACCAAUCUUCUCUGUCGUUCCAUAAGUAGGUUAUGACCAUGGCAGCUCUAAAGGAGCUUCUGCCGCCUGCACAAUCAACCACAACAACUUACUAUGACCACUCAAAUGAUCCGUGGUUCAAGCAGCGGUUCAGUUCAGCUGAGGAAGAAAAAUCUUCUGUCAUUAAGCCUAAUCCUGUACCUCCUUACUUGAAGCGUCAAGGCUUUGUACCUAGGAAGGUAGAGGAUUUUGGGGAUGGGGGUGCUUUCCCUGAGAUUCACAUAGCUCAGUACCCUCUUGGCAUGGGCAGGGACAAGUCCACAAAACUUGGAACGAAGAUACUUCCAGUCACUGUUGAUGCACAUGGAAACAUUGCGUAUGAUGCUAUUGUUAAGCAGAAUGAGAAUUCAAAAAAGAUUGUCUACUCUCAACAUAAGGAUAUUGUGCCUAAAAUUUUGAAAAAUGAGGAAGAGGAAGAGGAUGAUGAUGAAGAGGAGGAGCUGCAGAAAGAGAUUGAAGAAACGACAGCUGAAACAAAGGCUGCACUUGAGAAGAUUGUGAAUGUGAGAUUGAGCGCUGCGCAGCCAAAAAAUGUACCCAAACAGUCGUCAGACUCGAAAUUUAUCAAGUAUAAGCCAUCACAGAAAUCAGUGGCAUUUAAUUCUGGUGCCAAGGAGAGGAUUAUCAGGAUGGUGGAGAUGCCUGUGGAUCCACUUGAGCCUCCUAAGUUCAAGCAUAAGCGUGUUCCUAGGGCUUCUGGGUCCCCACCAGUGCCAGUCAUGCAUUCCCCUCCUCGUCCAGUGACCGUAAAAGACCAGCAGGAUUGGAAGAUUCCACCUUGCAUUUCUAACUGGAAGAACCCGAAAGGGUACACCAUCCCAUUGGACAAACGUCUAGCAGCUGAUGGGAGAGGCCUUCAAGAUGUUCAGAUUAAUGAUAAUUUUGCAAAGCUUUCCGAGUCUUUGUAUGUAGCAGAGCAGAAGGCUAGAGAAGCAGUUGCAAUGAGAUCUAAAGUUCAGAAGGAAAUGAUAAUGAAGGAGAAGGAAAAGAAAGAGCAGGAACUGCGGGCAUUAGCUCAAAAAGCUCGUUCUGAGAGGACAGGUGCAGCACCUCCUGCUUCUGUCCCUAUGCCUUCUGAUAAAACAACAAUGGAUACUGAUAUGAGAGGGGAUUAUGAGCGUCCAAGGGAAAAGGAGACGGAUUACCCAAAGGAGACAAGGGAGGAAAGAGAAGAGAGGUUGCAGCGUGAAAAGAUUCGGGAGGAGCGACGCCGAGAAAGGGAAAGGGAGAGAAGGUUGGAGGCCAAAGAUGCAGCGAUGGGAAAGAAGAGUAAAAUUACUAGAGACAGAGAUCGUGAUAUUAGUGAGAAAGUUGCCCUUGGCAUGGCUUCUGCAGGAGCAGGAAGAGGGGGAGAGGUCAUGUAUGACCAGAGGCUGUUCAACCAGGAGAAAGGAAUGGACUCUGGUUUUGCCACUGAUGACCAGUACAAUGUCUAUGACAGAGGCUUGUUUACUGCUCAGCCUACACUCUCAACCCUGUACAGGCCGAAGAAGGAUGCUGAUGCUGAUAUGUAUGGAGGUGCUGAUGAGCAGAUGGAUAAGAUUAUGAAGACUGAUCGCUUCAAACCGGACAAAGGAUUUGGGGGAGCUGCUGAGAGGAGCGGUCCAAGAGAUAGGCCGGUUGAGUUUGAGAAGGAUGUUGAAGAAGCCGAUCCAUUUGGUCUGGACCAGUUCUUGACAGAGGUGAAGAAGGGUAAGAAAGCCAUGGAAAAAGUUGGUACAGGAGGAACAAUGAGAGCGAGUGCUGGGUCUUCAAUGCGAGAUGGCCAUGAAGGCGGGGGCUCCAGCAGAACUCGUAUUGGGUUUGAAAGGGGUCGCUAACUCUCGUCAACUUACUUGGAAUUGGUCUGUACUUUCCCUUGAUGUUUCUUUGGUUGCUUCCAAGGUUCAUGUGUAGGUGUUAAAGUUCUCAAUGGGUUAUGUAAUAUACGAUGAUGAUGGAUGUGCCAUGUUUUAAUCAAAUGUGUAAUGUUGUUUCAGGAGCAUUAUUAUUAUUUCCUCUAAAUGUUUUCCAGAGAAUUUUCUAUUAAUUUUUUGUUUUCUCCA